AUGUCACAAACUAAUGGUAUUACUACGGCUACUAUAACUAAUAAUAAAAUUAACAUUAAUGAUAUUAAUAAUAACAAUAAUGAUAGUGAAUUAGAAAUUUUACAAAAUCUUCAAAUAUUAGUUCCUGCUAUAAAAAAUAAUUUAAUAUUAGCGUCUCAACAAUUUACACAGUUUAUUAAUUAUGCAGAAGAUUUUAAUAAACUUUCGUCAACAAUUCGAUUAAUGCAAAUAAAACAAGAAAACCUCGAAAGAGAAUUAGAACAAUAUCGAAAAGAUCGAAAUGAUAUUGAAAAACAAUUUGAAAUAAAUGCUGAUAAUCGUAUUUAUCUUGAUGUUGGUGGUCAACAUUUUACAACAACAGGUAAAACAUUAACACAACGAACAAAUUCAAUAUUUUUUCAAACUCUUAUUAAUGAAAAAUGGAAUAUAAAUACAAAUUCUAUUGAUAAUCCAAUUUUUAUUGAUCGUGAUGGACGUUUAUUUGGUUUUAUUCUUCAAUAUCUUCGAACAGGUGAAUUAAAUAUUGAAGAUAAAAAAAUACAAAAAGAAUUAUUAACAGAAGCUAAAUAUUAUAAAUUAAAAAAUUUAGAAGAUGAAUUAAAUUCAAUGUUAAGAAAAGAUGAAUUAUUUAUACCUGUUAAUUCAUUUGAUGCUAUUAAUCAAUCACCACCAUGUAGUCCAUUAUCAACAAUUAACAGAUCACGUUCAUCACCCUUUUCACCUACAUUAUUAUGUAAUAGUAUAACACGUCUAUCACCUUUAAAUCAACCUAUAUCAUCAAAGUCAAAAAUUCAUCCAGCUCAAACAGCAUCAUCAUGGAGAUCAAGCUUACCUACAGAAAAUCGUUUAAAUAUUUUUCUUGGAAGUACUUUAUUAACUACUGAAUAUGAAGAAAAGCUAAUUGAAUUUAUAGGGAAUGAUAUUCAACAACAACAACCAUGGCGUUUAAUUUAUCGAGCCAGUGAACAUGGUUUUGAUGCCGCUGAUUUUCAUCGUUGUUGUGAUUCAUUUGCACCUACAGUAUCAAUUAUUCAAACAGAUUUUGGAAAUCUUUUUGGUGGUUUUACAUCAAUACCUUGGAGUUCAGCAAACUUACGAUCUGAUCAGGCGGAUCCAAAAGCAUUUCUAUUUACAUUAAAAAAUACAUUAAAUAUUCCACCAACAAAAUUUCCUACACCUUAUGCUCGUAUUCGUUCUGGCUCAUCAAAUACAUUUAAUCAAGCAACAACUAUUAGUCAGGAAUUAAAUGCUGUUUCAAUUCCAUAUUUAGAUAAUGAUUCGAAAACAUUUCAAUGGCUUGUAUCAACACUUGAACGGUGGUAUUCAAAUCAAGGUUGGCCAAAAGGUACACAUGCUGUUAAAAUUCCUCAAUCAUUUCGAAAUGCAUUAUUUAAACGACUAUUUGAAACAGUUGGAACCAAACAAAAUGCAAAAGAAGAACAAAAAACAAUCUAUGAUAUGAUAACACAUUUAAGUGGACAUUCAUUACCAGGUAUACCACAAAAUUCUGUACCACCAAAAAAAAUGGAUGAAGCUACAAAACAAUAUGUAUGGCAACAUCGUUUAUUAUUAUUGUUUUUAAAAACACAAGGUUCAUCUACAGCUUUUAUUCGUCCAGAAUAUCUUCUUCCAUUCGAUUUAUAUAAUGUUUAUGUACAAAUACGUGAAACAGCUUUAACAGCAAAUAUAUCUAAUGAACAAAAAGAUGCUGAAUUAUCUCAAGAACUUACAAAACCUCUUCAUUUAUCACAAGAAGUUUUUGAAACUGUAUCCAAAAAAACAUGGGUCGAUGUACUUAUGCAAACACUUAAAAGUCUCGUACUUGGUCGUAUAACACCAAAAUCAUAUGAACAAUUAGGCAUACCUGAUCGAAGUAAACUAAUGCCAGAUAUAAAUACCGAUCCAACAUCAAGUAAUAUUUAUGGUAUUAGUGAACGUAUUUUAUUAACAUGGCUUAAUUAUUGUUAUUCAAAUUAUCGUGAACAAGUUUGGACACAUCGUGAACAAUCUAACGUGCCAUCUGGUCGUUGGAUUGUCAAUUUCGAUAUUGAUCUUGUUGAUAGUAUUGUACUUGGCACAGUUUUGGGUGCCUAUUGUCCAUUUUUAAUUGAACUUCAUUUACAACGUAUGUAUGUUCAUCCAACUACUGGUGAACAAUAUCUACAAAAUGCACUUAUUAUUGUUUCUUGUUUAUUACAACUUGGUCUUGAAUAUGAUCUUCAAGCAUUAGAUGUAACACGUGCUGAUCCUAUAUGCAUGUGUUUACUUGUUUGUUAUUUAUAUGAACAUUUACCUGAUUACUUAUCGAAAGGUACAAUACAAUUUGGUGGUGUUUUACAUGAACCAUCAACAUCCCAAGUUAAAAUAACAAAUCCAAGUACACAAACAUUAACUUAUUCAAUGAAUAUUAUUGGUCGUGAUGCUGAUGAAUUUCAACUUGUUAAAGGUACAACAUUAAGUAUACCAGCUAAAACUUCAUUAUUCGUUAAUGUUCAAUCGAGAAAUAAACGUCUUCGACCAACUGAAGCUGUUUUAUUAUUAUAUGGAAAACGAACAAGUACUUAUCCAGGUUCAGCUAUGGUCUUUUAUUUACAAGGUUCAAUACAAACAAUUACACCAAAAAAAACUCAUCGUAUUGAAGCACCACUUUAUAAAAUAACAAAAUCAACAAUUGAAAUAACAAAUCCAUUUGAUCAAAAUGGUGUCUUUCAAGUAGCUAUUGUUAAUUCAUCUGAAAGUACACAAGAAAUGAAAAAUCCAUUAGCUACAUCCAUUGAAGAAAAUAAAAAAGACACAGUUGAAGAAUUAUUUCAGAAUUUAAAAAAAAAUAAAAAAAGAUCAAAUCAAAAUCAUGAUGCUGAUUGUUUUUUUAUUGAACAAACUUCAAUUGAAUUAAAUGCACAUGAAACAAAACAUUUUGAAGUUCAAUAUAUUGCAACAACGGCCAAACGUCGUGAAGCAUUACUUGUUUUUAUGAAUGAAACAAUCGGAGAAUUUCUUUUUCUUAUUGAGGGCAUUCCAAAGAAACCUGAACCAUUUCCUGUAUCUAGUGACAAAGCAUUGAAAUUCGAUCAGAAAAAAGAAAAACUACGCUUUAAAGCUGUUGUCGGUGUAACAAGCGUAUUUGAUAUUGAUAUUCCUGUACAAAAUAGUCAACGGCACAAUGCUUUAGUUGCUGUUCGAUGGCAGGGCAUGUCAGAACGUGAACGACAAAAACAAACAUUACUUGGUUUAACUAAUCAAUUGCCAGAACCUUCAAAGAAAAGUUUUCAUCCAUAUUCUCGUUUACCUGAAUUUAAAGUUCAUUCAUCAUCAACAUCGAAUAAUUUUACUAUUCCAACAAGUUUAGCAUUUCCACUUGAAGAAUUGUCUGUUAAAUUACCAAUCCGUUUUCAAGCUGAUAAAACAGGUAUUUAUUCAGCAAAAGUUUCGUUAUCAUGUGGUGAUGAUAUACGUGAUUUUGAAAUUGAAAUACAUUGUGUUACACAAAGUGAUAAUGACAAACAAACAGCUACAUUACAUAUGAGAACAAGUGUAUUUACACCUGUACAACAAAAUAUUCCAAUUGCUAAUGCAACUGAAGAUAAUUGGAAUAUGAUAGGAACAUUUUCGGGUAAUAAAGCAUUUUCUGGACCAAAAACAUUUCGAGUUGAAGCUAAAUCAGUCUAUCAAUAUCCAUUAACAUUUCAUCCACAAAUUGAAGAUGAUAGAUUUCAAGCUCAAAUGAUAAUUAGUAAUGCUGAUACAGGUUUUACACAAACAUAUAAUCUACGUGGUAAAGCUGAUCGUGGACCACCUAUCGGUCAUUUACAAUUAGAAAGUAAAGUUGGUUCAACAACAACUCAUUCUAUUAACAUAUCAAAUAAAAAAGCGAAGAGAACUGCAUAUUUUGUCACAUGUAAUCUUCCAUUUGUUCAAGGACCACCAUAUGUUUGUGUUCAACCAAAAAAAUCUGCUCGAUAUGAAUUUGAAAUUUGUCCACCAAAACGAGGCACAUAUAAAGGUGUUGUCGUUUUUCAACCAGGACCAUGGCCUAUUAAAGAUGUUGAUUCAGAUGGUGAUGAAAUUCCACCACUUGAAUCAGAUGAUCCAACAGACUUCCAAUAUUCACUUUGGUUUACUGUUGAUAUUAAUGUUCAAGCACCUAAUGCCCAAGCAACAGUUGAUUUAACAGCACCGUGUUUAGGCUCAAAUUCAUUAAUUAUUCCAUUAAAAAAUCCACUUGAUCAUCCGAUACGACUAGAUGUUGAUUUACAAACAUUACCAGAUGUUUUUGGUAAUGAUUCAAUAGAAAUAGAAGCAAAUGGUGAAGCUCGUUAUGAGCUUAUAUUCAAACCGAAAACUGUUGGAAAUUGGAAUGGAGGUCUUAUCUUUUAUAAUGAUGAAAUUGGUGAAUUUUGGUAUGAACUUAAUUUAAUUAGUACAAAUCCACAAAAAGUUGAAUUACCAUCAAUGAGUGCACCACUUGGAGGAAAUUCUACGCAAGAAAUAACAAUUGAAAAUCCACUUGACGAACAAGUUACAUUUCAAACAAUAUUAUCAAAUAAUAAUAAUUUUACAAUAAAUACUGAUCAAGAUACAAUAACAAUUCAACCUAAAAGUCAAGCUAAAGUUAAUGUUAUGUUUAAUCCAUCAUCAAUUGGAAGUGGAAGUGAACAAAAACAUCAAUCAAAAAUUUCAUUUGUUAAUGAUAAGCUUGGUACAUUAAAAUAUACUGUUAAAGGUGUUGGUACAAAACCUCAAAAACAGCAAUCUCCUGUUAUUAUGAAAGGUGAAACUGGUGUUAGUUCAACAACAAAUAUUGAUUUUCAAAAUCCAUCUAAUCAUCCUAUUCGAUGUGAUCUUUCUCUUUCAUCUAGUAUUAAUAAUUCAUUUCGUAUUUUACUUGAUAAAACUGAAAACAUACCAAUUGGACCACGAGAAAAAUUUCAUAUUCCAAUUGCUUUUUGUCCAGAAACUUUAUCUCGACAUGACACACAAUUACGUAUUAUUGGACGAUUAUCAGAAGGAAAAACUUGGUCACCAGACAAUCCUGAUGCAUCUGAACUUUCAUGGACAUAUCCUUUACAAGGCGUCGCUUAUAAUUGGAUUCAUCAAAAAGAUGAAGCUGAAAAUCAAUUGAAAGUAAUUGAAUGUGUUGCUGGUGAACGAAUUGAGGAACAACUUGAAUUUGAAUUAAAUCGACAAUUAUUUCGUUUUGAUAAUCGACAUUUUACUAUGAAAAGAAAUCCAACUGCUAUUGAAAAUUAUACAAUUAUUAAUGAAACUACUUCGACUCAAGAGUUUGUUCAAAAUUCAAUUGGUAUUCAACUUCUUAAACGUGAUAAUGACAAAAGUGAUAUUGUUCGUUUUAAUAUUGUUUAUACACCAACGAAAUUUAUAACGUAA